UUUUAGGGUUAAGAAAACGCUGUACCAGCGCCGCACGCAGCCUCUCUUCCCCAACUCCGAUCCCGCGAGCUCCGGCCUCCAUCAAAGAGCUCUUUGAUCGCUCCUUCCUCUUUCCUUUCGUCUCAGCAACCCGCAACUCCAGUCCGGUGUCGCUGACGAGGGCAGGGCGGCGACAGUAGCGCCUUGAACGGAGAUACUUCUCUUCCUCUCGUCUGGGUCCGAGCAACCUGUGCGUCGAUCCAGCAGCAACUCCCGGCCCUUUCCCUUCCCGAUUUGGAGACAGCGGCUGCAAGGAGAAACCAGCGGCCCUCUUCUUCAUUGUUGGUGCACAAAUCUUAUCUUGGGAGUUGGUUUUGCAGUAUGAACCGGCACGAAAGCGUUUUGCUGCUUACGUAUUCAUCAGAGCUUGAGAAAGGGGAGCCCCUAUUCUUCUCCUCAAAUUGCUUCCCUGUAAAGGCUCACAAUUUUGAACCUGCCGGGCAUUCAUUUCACUCUGCUGCUCUAAAACUAUCAGGGUUUUGCGAUGAAGAUGAAGCAGAAACCGAUACCCAAAGUGUUCAAUCUGAUGAACAAUCCCAAGAUUACUUACGAACCUCUGAUUCUUAUAGCAGCAAGGGAAAAAAGAAAUCUAGUGAUGGAAGCAAACAAAAAGACCAUUACGCAUUACUUGGCUUGGGGCAUUUGCGAUUUCUAGCCACUGAGGAACAAAUACGUAAAAGUUACCGGGAGACGGCUCUUAAGUAUCAUCCUGACAAGCAGACUGCACUCAUUCUUGCUGAAGAAACUGAAGAGGCUAGGCAAACUAAGAAGGAUGAGAUAGAAAGCCAUUUCAAGGACGUUCAGGAAGCAUAUGAGACUCUAAUAGAUCCAGUUAAACGAAGGAUAUAUGACUCCACCGACGAAUUCGAUGAUGACAUUCCAACCGACUGUGCUCCACAGGACUUCUUUAAGGUUUUUGGUCUGGCGUUUAUGAGAAACGGGAGAUGGUCUGUCAAUCAGCCUGUUCCCUCUCUUGGAGACGAUAAGUCUCCUAUUAAAGAUGUUGACAGUUUCUACAAUUUCUGGUAUAGUUUCAAAAGUUGGAGGGAAUUCCCGCAUGCUGAUGAAUUCGACCUUGAGCAAGCUGAAUCUCGUGAUCAUAAGAGAUGGAUGGAGCGACAGAAUUCAAAGUUACGAGAGAAAGCUAGGAAGGAGGAAUAUGUACGGAUAAGGACCCUCAUCGACAAUGCUUACAAGCGAGAUCCUCGAAUUCUGAGGAGGAAGGAGGAGGAAAAGGCAGAGAAGAAGAGAAUCAAGGAGGCAAAGUCCAUGGCUAAGAAGUUGCAAGAGGAAGAAGCACAAAGAGCUGCUGAAGAGGAAAGACAGCGAAAGGAGGAAGAGGAGCGAAAGAUUGCAGAAGCCGCUUUGAUCCAGAAACGAAUGAAGGAGAAGGAGAAGAAGCUAUUGCGCAAAGAAAGGAGUCGUCUUCGUAAACUCUCUGAACAAUUGAUCGCAGACAACUCGCUUGAUAUUUCAGACGACAUUGUGGAAAGUAUAUGCAUGUCAUUUGAGGUGGUGCAGCUCAGGUGUUUGUGUGACAACAUGGAUGGUAAAGAGAAUAUGGAAAAGGCUAAAUUGCUAAGAGAUGCGUCCAAUGUCAAGGAACUUGGUGGAAAUAUGCAAUCGGUCGGUCUUCAAGCUCAGGAUUCAAAAGCGAACGGAGCAACUUCUGCACAAGUGAAAGUGGAUGGUACAGUGAAUGAUUUAGAAAAGAAAGGAAAACAAUGGGGAAAAGAAGAGAUUGAAAUGCUUAAGAAAGCCAUGCAGAAGUAUCCCAAGGGAACCUCUCGGAGAUGGGAGGUCAUUUCGGAGUACAUUGGUACUGGAAGAUCAGUCGAAGAGAUUCUCAAGGCGACAAAAACGGUCCUCCUCCAGAAGCCUGAUUCUGGAAAAGCUUUCGACUCCUUCCUUGAGAAGAGAAAGCCUGUGCAGACCAUAUCAUCGCCUCUCUCUACCCGAGUGGAAGCCGCAGCAGAGGUACCUCUGGCCGAGAAGAAGAUUGAUGGUGCUCCCUCUACUGCGCCAAUAAAACAAUCUACGUGCGCUAAUGGAAAUGAGAACUCAGGAGAGGCUGUUCCUUCUGCGGCAGAGAACGAUACAUGGUCACAAGCUCAAGAAAGAGCUCUUAUCCAGGCUCUCAAAACAUUCCCGAAGGAUGCAAACCAACGCUGGGAACGUGUUGCUGCUGCUGUUCCUGGCAAAACAAUGGUACAGUGCAAAAAGAAGUUUGCUUUGAUGAAGGAGAGCUUUCGAAAGAAGAACACAGAAACCUAAUAUCGCCAAAAAAAAAAAAAAAAAAAAAACCUGCAAUAUCCUAUCGCAUUAUAACAUCAUUCACCAUUUUCGCUUUAAUUGAUGUAAAAGCAUUCGUAUUUUUUUUAAUUGAUUGAGAACUAGAGAGAAGUCCACAGUUUUGUUAUCAUAUUAUUAUGUGAUUUAAAAUAUCCAUCUAUGAAGUGUGAUAUUAUCCCUUUUUUUUCC